AUGCUUCCAAGCCCCGCCCGCCGCCUACUUCACCACCAAGAGCCGAGCAGAUCACACAGUAAAGAAAAAGCUCAGGAGCUGAGCUCGGCUAAUUCACCGGCCAACGUAGAGGACGAGUUCAAGGCGCUGUUUGCGGAAUACGAAGAUCUUUUGAAGAAACCCAGAGUCAAAUCAGCUGGGGAACAUGGCGAACACGUCUUAUUCACGCUCCUGGAAAAUAAGUCCAUGUACGACAGCUGGUCUAGCUGGUGUAACGGCCAUGUUGGCAUCAAGUAUUUCCUCAAGAAGCUUUUGGGAAAACAUCAUCACCUUCUUGAUGCCAAACAUCCAAACUUGCAAUACAAUACGCUUGCCUACGCGCUGGUCUUUAAGCAACACGACUUCAUCGAUGUCGUGCUCCAGGUCAACAACAUUGAAGGUGCGCGAGCUACCCUGGUAUCUUUUACGAAAAAGACCUCCGAGGACAAUACCCCUGUACACGAGGUCGUGCAGUUCAUGAGAGAGGAGGCUACGGAGGACAUACUGAAGGAUGUUCUGAAAGAAAUGCUUCCACAAGAGCAAAUGGAGGAUGAUAGCUCAAACGGAGAACAGUCCGAAGCAAGGGACGAAGAUCAAGGCACAUUUAGCGCUAAUAUUUCCGAGGGGGGAACUAGCCUGCAAGAUGAUGAUCUGAAAGAUGAUGAAAGCGAAGCGUCAUCAUUGCAAGCGGAGGGGUCGGAAAUUGAGGCUCAUGAAGACGACGAGCCUAAUACGGAGGACGACAAAAUAGGGACGGAAACUCCGGCUGCGGCGGCGUCCGCAGAAACUACAUCGACGAAUCUCAGCAUGUUAAUCCCGGCGCUUGAUUGUCGACUGCUUAUCGUCGAAGAUAUGCUCAAAGCCUGGAAAAUGGCCUUGAAAGCUACCAAUAAGGCAGGGAGAACGCCAUAUCAAGAGCGAAUUGAGAGGUUGAAGGAAUGCCAAGCCUUCAAAACGUUGCUUUCAGUCAUCAAGAAUGGUGACACAGAAGAGGUGAAGAAAGAAGCUUUGCGCAAAGUAGUGGUUGCAGACCCUGUAGCACAGCACAUCUUAGCCUUCUGUGUUCGCGAGUUUGAUAACCGUGAUGAUAUUGUUCAGUUUCUUUACCAGUCGGAUGAUGAACGUCACCUAGAUUUUGAUCUAGCCGGUCUUCCGAAAACUUAUAUUUCACUAUCAUUUCUCAGGGAGCUAGGCACACACAUCCGCUUCGAGAGCGUGCUCAAAUACGUGGCUCUACCAAUGCUAUCUGUUGAGCUACCAAAGACUCAGCAAUUCGCCAGGAAGAAGCUUCCUCAGGCAGAGGUGAAGAGUAUGACUGACUUGAGAGCCGUCUUUGAAUGGUUGCGACAGAGCCAGGUAAAGAAGAUCAUCAAAGUCACCGUCAUAGAUUAUGGUGGACAGCGCCAUAGUGAUCCCGCCAUCGAAGAGGCGCUUAGAGGUUUCGACGUGGAGGUCUGGGAUUGGAAAAAGGUAGAUUUGUGCAGCGAUGUAAUAUUCAAUUGCGCGAGCUCUGUAAGAGAGAUAUCCCUCUAUCCUUCUGGCAACGGGGCCGCCUUGAUGGGUUGGUCUGGCCCCAAGGGCUUCGGGAACCGUAAAAAGUUCCCCAAGGGCGAGGACGACACCGAGUUCGAGCGCGAAAGGCUGUUGACCGCGAUUAAUAACUUCAAGACACAAUUGAAUAUCAUCCAUAGGGGACCAAAGGCCCUUGAGGAAUACGUAUUGGCGUUUUUUAUCAACGGACUACAGUCAGAGCACCAGACAUUCUUCCGAGCCAAGAAUGCCAAGCAGCUGGCAUCGGAAGGCCAGUCAUUGAUUCAGCGUCUAAAGACAAUAUCACUAGACCAGGGGAGUAUCGCAAAGAAGGAACAGAGUGAAAUUGAGGUAAAGGAAUAUCUGGACACGAAAGAUUUCACUUAUGCUUCCGACUUCCGAAGCAUAGCCGAGAAUGAAGAAGAAUCGCAUCCCUGGAUUGGAUGCCUAGACAGCUUCCGCAGGUUUCUCUGUGGUUGUCAGGAAGCAAAGGCCACGCCUAUGAAGAUCGCCAUCAUCCAUGAUGGCAUCGACGCGAGCGACCCAUCCCUCCAGCGGGCAAUCGCAAUGGGCAAAAGCUUCUCGCACUACCCCAACUCGACCGAGUUCAUGAAUGCUUAUUUCGUUCCAUCGGGCAAGCACGGAACUCAGAUGGCCAAACUGAUAACCCAAAUCUGUGCCGAUCCGCGUCUCUUCAUCGCCAGGCUAGAGGAACGUUUAGCGCCAGAUGACAGCGGGCGACGUAUCACGGCAGAGUCUGCCGCCAAGGCAGUGAUGUGGGCGGUUGACUGCAAGGUGGACAUCAUAUCGAUGAGCUGGACGAUAGAAAACGGGACCACGAACAGCGAGGACAUCGAAGCGCUUCGCAAGGCCGUGAAAAAAGCCCACAAACAAAAUAUUCUCAUGUUCUGCUCGACGAGCGACUCGGGUGGCAGCCAGGACGACCGCUCGUUCCCGGGUCAGUGGUUGAACGAGUGCACGCGGAUUGGUGGCGCCUCUCACCAGGGACAGAAGCUUGCCCGGGUGAACGAGAAGUCCGUCCAGUUCCUCUUGCCGGGCAAACGGAUCCCCAUCAAAAACAGCGACGGCAAAUCUCAUUCAUACGAGACCGGGAGCUCGCUGGCUACCGCUUGCGCCUCCGGACUUGCCGGCUUAUUGCUCCAUUGCGAGCGGUUGCUGGGGUGGAAGGUCAUCGUGAACAAGGAUAAGAUGCAUAACGUCUUCAAGGUCCUCGUCCAAUGGGGCCAGUUUCCCCACGUACGGCACUACUUCGAUAAACACUUCAAAAAGUUCUACGGUGACGAAAUCGGUAAUAAAACGGCCCUUGUGGAUAUUCCGAAGCUAGACUGGGAUAAUGAGACGAGAAAAGCACUGGAAAAUCUCAUGACUGCAUUAACGACUCACAUAUCAGCUUAG